UUAUUUGUCAACAUCUACUCAUCAGCUGUUACGUUGUGAUGGUGGACUUUCUCAGGCCAAAAACAGUCUGGGUGGACGGCCGUUGUUACCGUAUUAUCAGCCCCCUGACUGAUAAUACCAACGUUAACUACGUCGAAGAUGAUUCAUGCGGCUUUGAGGACUCAGCAUACCAAGAUGAGGUGGAGUGUGGUGGUGAACAGUUGGAGGAGUUUCAAGUGGAACAACUCAACAAUGGGAAAUACCAGACUUCCUUCCCUGUAGCAAACACGUACAUCUCCUAUGUUAUUGGGGCCAAGGGAGCCACCAAGAAGAGGAUAGAAAAUGAAACUUAUACAACAUUACGAUUUCCAGGAAAAGGCCAGUCAGGAGAUGUUGUUGUUAUUGGUAAGGACGUGAGGACUGUCCGUCAAGCUCGCCUCAAGAUACAGAUGUUAGUGGAGCAGGCACGGAAAAAACAACCAUUCACCCACUUUCUCUCUAUCCCCUACAAUAAUCCUGCAAUACAAACAAAGUUCUUAGAGUUCAAGAAAGAAGUGUUAGAGAAGUGUGGAGACUGUCGGGGAGUGGAUGAGGCAAUAUUCCAGUAUCCUGGCAAGCUGCACCAGACUCUGUGUGUGAUGGUGUUGGCUGAUGACAGGGAACGCCAACAAGGUCUCGACGCUCUCAACAAGUGUCCAGAUAAUGUUCUAAAGAAAUACUUGGCUGGAGAAAAACUUCGUGUUGAGAUGAGAGGCAUCGAGUACAUGAAUGACAACCCCGGGGAGGUUGAUGUUCUGUACGGCCGCAUCAAUGCCCUCAGCUGGUCCCACUCACUCCAGACUAUUGCUGAUUCUCUUGUCGAUGAACUUGUCAAAGCUGGGGUGGUGAACAGGCAGCACGAAAGAGUGAAAUUACACAUAACACUGAUGAACACGGCAUUCCGUCAAGAUCCCGAUGGUGUGACGGACAUCAAAGUUGGCAAAGAUCGAGAGUCCUUUAAUGCACGACAGAUCAUAGAGGAGUUCGGAGAUUAUUACUUUGGAGAGAUGGAAGUGGAUGAAAUUCACUUAUCUGUCCGCCACACAACGGCCAACAGUGGCUUCUACUCCGCCUCGGGCAAGAUUCCCAUCCUACCUCACCCAGCCUAAUAGUCACUACAUUAUAAUAUAUUGUCCUUGUUUUUGUAUAUGAAUAAUAAGUAAUAGGCCAAGUUCCUCAUCAUUUCAAUUUUUGAUAAUCAGUAAGUAAGCUUAUGUAUUGUACAACCCACUCCAAAAAGAAUCUUUAUGGCGCUGUCUGAUGAAUUUAAAGCAGAACGGUGCGACUUCUGUUCUCUCUGUAGGGUUGUCCAAAUCCUGCAUCCAUUGUGUCUAUUUAACCCUUAGGCCCCAAGUGACGUUCCAGAAUUUCCCCCUAUUUUCCCGCCGUUUUUUUUGGGGGCAAAGUUGAUUUUUUCUCUCGAUUUAUCCCCGCUGUAGGGGGGGGGGGUUGCUGCCAGCAGCACCCUAACCACCGGGGCUUAAGGGGUAAUGUUUAACACAAAAUCAUAAAGAUACUCUUUUGGGGUGUGUGUCCAUUAGCUGUUUUCUCUCAUUAUCGUAAACUACACACACUGGUAUCUCCAUACAGGAGCAAAUACAGGUUGUACCUCUUUAGUCCGGCAACCUCGGGACCUGACCGGUGCCGGACCAUGGAAAUUGCCGGACCAUGGAAAUUCACCCUCUUCCUGGAUAGAUAGUGACUUGUGCUUAUGCCUGGAAGCACUAGCACCACUUUCUCUGCAUCAUGGUCUCUUUGAAGACAUAUUGAAGGGUUAAAAGUCGUAUAGUAGCUUCUCAAAUUUCGCGAGUUUUUAA